CCUGUCCCUUGCAUCCUUUCCUCGCUGCAGGAAUGCAUCCUCUCCGGGAUUAUGUCAGUGAAUGGAAAGAAAGUCCUUCACAUGGAUCGGAACUCGUACUAUGGAGGGGAAAGCGCUUCCAUUACACCCCUGGAAGAUCUCUACAAAAGGUUUAAUCUCCCGGGAACUCCACCAGAAUCUAUGGGGCGGGGAAGAGACUGGAACGUGGACCUCAUUCCUAAAUUCCUUAUGGCUAAUGGUCAGUUGGUAAAGAUGCUGCUCUACACAGAAGUCACUCGUUACUUGGACUUCAAGGUGAUCGAGGGCAGCUUUGUCUACAAGGGAGGAAAGAUCUACAAAGUUCCUUCCACUGAGGCAGAAGCUUUGGCCUCCAGUUUGAUGGGUCUGUUUGAGAAGCGCCGCUUCAGGAAGUUCCUGGUGUACGUGGCCAACUUUGACGAGAACGACCCGCGGACCUUCGAGGGCGUGGACCCCAAGAAAACCACCAUGAGGGAUGUGUACAAGAAGUUUGACCUGGGCCAGGAUGUCAUUGACUUCACAGGCCAUGCCCUCGCUCUCUACAGGACUGAUGACUAUCUAGAUCAACCCUGCCAAGAAACAAUCAACAGGAUCAAGCUGUACAGCGAGUCCCUGGCUCGGUACGGGAAGAGCCCCUACCUGUACCCCCUGUAUGGCCUUGGAGAGCUGCCCCAGGGAUUUGCAAGGCUCAGUGCAAUCUACGGAGGCACCUACAUGCUCAACAAGCCCAUCGAGGAGAUCGUCAUCGAGAACGGCAAAGUGGUCGGGGUCAAGUCUGAGGGGGAGGUGGCUCGCUGCAAACAGCUCAUCUGCGACCCCAGCUACGUGUCGGACCGCGUGACCAAGGUGGGCCAGGUGAUCCGCGUCAUCUGCAUCCUCAGCCACCCCAUCAAGAACACAAACGAUGCCAACUCGUGCCAGAUCAUCAUUCCACAGAACCAGGUCAACCGGAAAUCAGGUGUGUGCAGGGGGUCAGCUGGGACAGGACAGGGAUGGCCAACCAAACCCAACCAAACCAGACCAACCAAGGCUGUUUCUCCCUUGUCCAGGUUUGUGAGCAUCAGUGACCUGUUUGCACCGACCGACCCGGGAACCGAGAGCCAGAUCUUCAUCUCGCGCACCUACGACGCCACCACCCACUUUGAGACGACGUGUGACGACAUCAAAGAUAUUUAUAAGAGGAUGAUGGGAUCAGAGUUCGACUUCGAGGAGAUGAAACGCAAGAAGAACGACAUCUACGGGGAGGAGGAGCAGCAGUAAUGAGAGUCUCUAAUUAGGAGAAGUUUAAAUCGGCUAAUAUGAAUAUAUAAGGAACUUAAUGAACACUGUACGAAAUUCAAUAUUGUAAGGCCUGCUUUUGUAAUCCCAUCUCUGAGAGAUUGAAGAGUACUGCACUGGUAAUGUUCCCUUUUUGGAUAUCAUGUGUUAAUUAUUUCAUUCUAGUAGGGCUGCUGUCCAGAAUCUGGCAAAUUCCUGACUGAUAUUCCUGACUAACCUCGUAAGCAGAAAGGCAGACUGAACUUACUCUCGUUAUUAUUAUUUUUGCAGACGUAGACGUGGGUGCAGAUUUGAAAUAACUCAUUGACAGCUGUGUCUUACCUUGUCUUUUUAAUCAUUUGUAAAACAUCCUUCACAAUCCUGUGCUUCUGGUGAGCUCGUAGAUGUGACGCUGAUGUCACUCAAACCUGAUAUCAAGGAAAAUAGAAACUGAGCACUCCAUUAUUGUGGACAGCAUCCCUAAAAGUCUCUCCCAUCAAUCUUAACUCUGUGGCAAAGUUGUAUCAUGGACAAAGCCCACACCUAUUGUAGCAGCAAAUGUUGGCUUCGUUCUGGGCACAGAACUUAACCUCCACUUAAGCUUCUAAACCCGUUUCCAUCGGUUGGGACACAGCUGUGCCUCAGGCUCCUUUGUGUUUUAAUCUUAAUAAAAUUGAGAGAACAAAUUACAGAGCAGGCAAGAUGUGGAAGUAUUUUCUGUCCCCCGGCGGCUUCUCGGAUGGACCAAACGGCGCUGCGGUAUCGGCAUGACAGAGCCUGUGCUUCUCGUGUCUCCUGAAGGCUCCAAAUGAUUUCUGUACUGCGAAGUAAAGCCAAAUUCUGGAAACCA